AUGGAGCUUAAUGAUAAAAUUAUUGAAUAUUAAUAAGAAGUUCAAAAUAUCUCUAUUCAUAAUGAUAAAUCAAUUAUCAUUACUAAUAAUAAUACAAUAUAAUUCUACAAGAUGAAGAAAAUAUAAUGGGAAUGCAAAUUUACAGAUCUCAUUCCUAUUGAUUAUAUUGACACUUGUGCUUUAUCUAAAUCUAUUAUUUUGCAUAUUCAUAGUAGUAUCAUAUUCUUAUCAGAAGAUAAAUAGAUUUAAGAAAUCAUCUAAUUAGAAUAAGAAGUUCAUUCCAUUUAUACUUUAAAUGAUUAUAAUGUUAUUGGAUUAUUUUCAAUUGUAAAUGAUUAGUUUUCAAUAUUCAAUACAAAACUAGUAUAAAAUUAUGAAUUCUUUUCAUAAUAAUGUAUUUAAUUUGAUAUUAGUAUCAGUUUUUAACCUUAUCGUUUAAGUUGCUUUUAAGAUUAAAGAGGACUUCAUUUGCUUUUAAUUAGAAAUUUAGAACAUGUUAAACAUUAUUAUAAAUAAAUAUAAUGUAUGGAUAUUGUGAGCAUUAAUAAAUGUAGAAAUAGAUUGCUCAUUUUAACAAAAUAGUAAAUAUUGUCAAUAUUUAUAUCAGAAAUUGAAAAUACUACAUCAGAAGAACAAUAUCUUAAUGCAUUAUAAUUAAGAUUGAUGAAUUAUUGUAGUUCAAUAUUUGAGGGUUAAUAUUAUUUUAGUAAUGAUUCAUAUUUAUUCAGUUUUAAGAAUGAUGAAGUUAAAUAUUAUAAAUUAAUUGAGAAUCAAAAGAAUUAAAUAAGUAAGAUUAAAUUCUAAGAGAAAAUAAUAUAUUAUGAAUAUGUGAAUAAUUAAUUAGUUAUUUAUUCUUAAUAAUAACAAAAAUGUUAUUUAACAAUAUACAAUUAACAAUUUGAAAUAAUAAAUAAAUAUGAAUUUAAUAAAUUAUAUGAGGGAAUUAAAUAUUGUCCUUAUUAUACAGGGAUAGCAAUUUAUGAAUAAAAAGUAUAAUAUUAAGAUAAGGAACCAAAUAAUAAUUAUAUUUUGUAAACUGAAAUGUUACAGAAGACAUUUCUUUAAUUGAUCGAUUUUCGAACUUAGAUAUACUAAAAUAAUAAUUAAAAUAAUAAUGAAUAGCCAAUUAUAUAAAGUUAUUUAUUAUAUGGUAAAAGUAAAAAUAAGAUUAGUUGUGGAUUUAUGUUAGAUUAUUCAAUAGUGAAUAUAUAAAAUAUUUGGAAUAAUCGUUUUAUAAUAACAAGUACUUAUAAAUUAAAAAUAAUUGAAAUAUAUAAUAGUACAUAUGAGAUGUAACAUAUAUUUGAAUUUAGUAUUUUAAAUUAAUAAUUAAUAACAUUUAGAAAUAGUUUACCUUUGGAAGAUUUAGAAAGAAUCAAUUUUCUUAAAUAAACUGAUUAAAGAAUUCUAUUCACUCAUUUUGGAUAAUAAAUAAAAGGUGAAUCUAAAAUGAAUGGUAUAAUUCAUAGUUUUUAUGGAAUUAAAUGGAUAAGUAUAAAUAAGGACAAUGUUAAUAUAAUAUAGUUGUAGUAGAAAUAAGAAAUAAAUAAAAUAUAACGUGUAUUAUAAGAGGGUAGUAAUUAUUUUUAUAUAUUAUCUAAUGAUGAAGAAAUAUAUAAAAUAACACCUGAUGAAGUUAAAUUAAUAUAUGUUUCUGGAUCAAAAUUAUUAUCAUAUGUAAGUAAUAAUAAUAAUGAAUCUAUUAUAUUAAAAUUUAAUAAUGAAUUAUUAGUAACAGAGUUAGAAAAUGCAUAAAAGAUUAAAUAUAAUUUGAUUUUAUGA